CUGAUUUAAUUAAAAUAAACAAAUCAUCAGAAAAAAACAGAAGGGAGAAAACAAACUAAAGGUUUUCUUCUUUGUUAAAAAAUAAACACGCAAGAAAGUCGUAAAUAAAAACUAUGAUCUAUAUAAAAUGCUUCACGCUUAUUUCAUUUACAAUAAUUAUCUGCGGAACAUUUGGACAAUAUUAUAAAAUAUGGAGCGAAUAUCCACAGUCAAUUCUACAAAAUGAAGAAAGAUUAACAAAACGUCCUUGGACUUUACGUGACCCACUGAAUUGUUGCUUGGAUAAUGCUAAAUGUUGUAGGCGUAAAAGGUACUUUGGAAGAAAACUGGAUGAAGAUGACGAAGAUGAAUUUGGUUUGACACGGGGAGAACACGCUUGGAAAAAUCGUGUAUAUCAGAUUAGAAAUCGAAUGAAUCCACUACUGGUAAAAAAAUUUACUCAUGAAAGAAUGAAUAAGUAUUGAGUUCUAAAAACGUUAUUACUAUAUUGUGUAUGUAUCUGUCUAUCCGUAAAUAUCUUAAAAUAAACAUUUUUUAAACACUUCA